GCUAUUUUCACUUUCACAUAAUUUCGCGAUAGUAAUAUUAAAAUUGCAAGUAUUCCCACCUGAAGAUCAAUUUUAGAUCAAGAGAUGACAUCCCACUGGGGAGAGUAUGCCAGCACUAUUGAAGUAGAUCGGGAACUUGCGGCCCUACAACAUGAACAGAUGACCAAACUUAUACCAAUGGAGAUUGAAGGGCCCCGACUUCACCAGCCCUCCAGCAGACACUUCCCGCCUUCAAAUGAUGCCCUGCCUAUGGAGAGAUUUCAAAUGGACCCUAUGGUGAUGCACACUAUACAGCUACUGCAGCAUGCCCGCAGACUCAAGCAGCUUAUUGCCAACAUACAGCAACACCAGUCACAAAGCCUGGAGGUGAUAGAGUAUGACACAACCUACCCAGAUGUACCCCCCAUACCGCAGUACACAGGCCCACCACCCAUCAAGAGUAAGCUGAUGCAUCCUGUACCCUUCAUGGAGAAAAGCAUGGACAGUGACCUUUUACGUGGGAAGGGCGAAGCUCCCCCAGUGAUAGACGACAUCUCAUGCAGGGUUCUCCUGCGAAAGUCUGUUGCAGCAAUUCUGGCACAUACGGGAUACGACACAUGUGCGGAAUCUAUACUGGAGACAAUGACGGACGUGACUGCAGAGUUCUUCCAACAGUUUACCAGACAUCUACGAGCAGCGGCCGACAACCUUGCACAGCAUGACUCUUCAGGAUUUCCAGACAUCAUUGAGCGAGUCUUCCAAGAAUUUGGGUUAGGCAGUGUCACCACCAUUCACGAUUUUUACCACCAGCGUGUAGUCAACUAUCAUCAAAACGUGGAGGACCAGUGUGUGGAGCUUGCUACAGAGUACGAGAAACUAAAGGAGCCAAUCUUACAACAGAAACAGCAACCAGAUACAUUGUCAGUUAUUAGAAUCAAAGAAGAACCGUCAGAGAUUCACUUCCCAGAACUGGAUGAGAUUGAUGAAGUCAAUAAUCCUGAACAACUCCUAAACCUAAAUGACCUUGUAGGCUUUGAGAUAACUGUAGAGCACGAAUCUGCCAGUGGCCUCACCACGGAAGUCGAGUCCAAAUGGUCUGCUGUAAAGGCCGAGUCUGGUGAAGCGAAGUUAGUAAACAAUACUUAUACUGACACAGUUACAAACCGGAUAUCAAGUUACGAGCAGUUUGAGGAAGGAGGCAGUGAGGUGAAGGAAGAACCUCGAUCCCUCUCUUCAAGUGAAGCAGAUGAUUCAAUAAAUGAUCCACCAUCCAUCAAUGUCUCUGACAUACUCUCACCCAAUUCUACGCCAAGUAAAGCCAAGAAAAAGAAGAAGUCAUGAAGCGAAGAUCUAGCAGAUUUGCAUUAUAUGAUGUGAAACAAUCACAUGGACAGAGAACUUGUCACAAAAGAGUCCAAAUUUGAAAUAUUGCUGACUCUUUUGUUGAGAAACGGAAUAUGUUGGGGCAUCUCUAAACAGCUCUGACAACAAAACCAAUCCUUUGACAGGAACGGAUGUUCAUUAAAACAACUUUGAAUUACAAACUCAUCAGAAAAGCAAAGAGUUAUUUAUACCUUUAUUUGUAACUUUAACAUGGAUUUACUUCUUC